GAGGUUAUGUUUGAUAGAAUCUCCCGGAUCGUUUGAAUUCACGUGAAUCUCAUCAAAUUCAGGAGAAUUAUUAUUGAUUUUCAAAGCCUGGCUGCAGAAAAAGCCGAAAAAUGGACUUUGCGUGGAGUGACGAUGAGGAAAAUGACGAGGCGCUGAUGGAAAUCUCAGCACAGUUGGAGGAAAAUGAAGUUCAUUCAACUCAACCAGAUUGCAGCAUCCUCCCGGAGGAUUACCACACAUCCCACUUUGUAUGCACCGGGAAGGAUGUUCCCGCAUCAUCCUUCCACAGUGUCUCCUUUGUGCAGAACAACGAUCUCUCCUUUCUCACUUCUGGGAAGAAGAUAAAUCUCCAGGAAUAUUCACUUUUCAAUAUUUGUGCUUCUGAGGAAGUUUUCCUGGAAGAAAAUCUCCUCAAGACGCUGUUUUUGAUGGCAAAGACCACAGCGCUAGAGCUGAAGUGUGGGAAGAAACUUCCACGGGCUGUUUCUGAGUCGAAUUUCAACAAGAGGAUGCACAUUACGACCCUUCUUCACUACACCAGGAGCUUCUUCAAUGUAAUCAGCCGUGAGGAGUUGCAGAAGAAUCUCAAGCUCCUGGAGAGUAUUAUUGAAGCAGAAGACUCAAUUCCCAGCACAAAUAUCCUCCCAACAAUUCACAGCAAUCCCUCUUCCACAACACAUCACUUCUUUCACGGAUGCCUGGAGUGGAGAUGGCUAAUCCUGACAAUCCUCACGCAGGAUUAUCGUGCAAAUGCCCAGGAGACGGAUUUCCGGGAAUGCCAGAGCUGGGAGAAACUUCUCAACUCUCUGAGCUUGUUUAUCUUCGAUCUGCUGAAGAUUUCCCUGAAUACCUUCAAUGGGCUCAAGCUCAGUGAGAUUCUCACGGAAUCCCCCUUCCACUGUGUCUGUGUGAAGGAAGUUUGGUUCCUCAUCAUCUCACUCCUGGAAACAUUCAAGGAGAAGAUCACAUUCUGGGAAAUCUUCAGCAGUUGCCUCAGUUCCUUGAUAUCCGGCUCUGAGAAGUUUUCCCACCUUCGCCCAAGCCCAAAUAAAUGCGAAAAUCCUCACAUUUUCACCUUAUGGAUCCUCCUGCACAUUGUGAAGCUCCAGGAAAUCCCCAGAGGGAUCCUCAAGGAUACGCCUCCAAAUGUUGAUCUCCUGGACAAGACUGUCAAAUCCUUCUUUGCUGAGGAUCCUUCGGAGUUGGAAGCACGUGUGGCCAUUAGAUUGACAGCUUCCCUCAUCCUGAACAACUGGCCAUGCGCUAUUGAUGUGAUUGUUCAGUUCUGGGAGUACUUCCACAAGAAGAUUAACACGAAUUUCUACAUUCCCAGUGAUGGGAUGAGCUCCCUCCUUGUCCCCAACGAUUCAGCCAUGAGCUACAUAAAAGCAGCAAAACAGAGCCUGGACAUCCCCCUAGACAGUCUCCCACCCACCCAGACAAGCUACUCAACAUUCUGCCACUCAAUCGCGCAUUUCCUGCACAAAUUCUCCCAAACGGACUUUAUGAGGAACUUCCAGAAGGUCACUGGAAGGAUUUUCAUAAAGUUCACGACGAAAAAGUGGCAAUCAAUGAAUGAAACGGGCAUUCACAAUCUCACGAGCCUCCUGGUAAUCCUGACCACGAUGGGAGAUGAGAAAAUCAUUGAAAGAGUCGAGAGUAUUUGUCUGCUAAUCCCCCUUCCGGAAUUAGCAGCUUCCCGCCAAUUGGCUGCUUCCAAAAGCUUGGUGGCUCUGCUGAUUCUUGCCUUUAGGCAAUCACGUCCAUCUCAGUAUCCCGGGAAGCUUGUUUCGAAGCUAAAUCUCACAAAUACGGACACCCAAACCCCUCAGGGAGUCCUCAAAGUCUUCGCCCAUGGGAUGUGCGAUAUAUUCGCAGAAUCUGAGUCAUUUGACCACGAGGAGCACAUUCUGGUGGCUCCUUGGGUGCGACAAUACCUUAAAUCAUGCCCGGAGAAUGACAAAGAAUUCCUCUUAAAUCAUCUCAAUAGAACCCUGGUGAGGAUUCAGGGUAUCAUCGCCAGGGGGGAUGAAGGGAGGAAUUUACAGGAACUCCUCCGUGCCUUCUUCCUGCACAUCCUGCCGUACGUGAAGGAAGAGUAUGAGACAAAUGAGGGAACACUGUGGCUCCCUGAGCUCACGGGGAAUCUCUGCUUGGCAGCUUCAGGACAGAAUGGCCUACCAAGGAUUGAGGAUUUGUUCAGCAGCUUCAUGGAGAUGAAUUGCAAGAAUCCCAAAUCCCUCUUUACGCUCUUCUCAAUGGUGGCCACCUCAGACAAGGUAUCCGUCCUGAAUCCCGGACUCCUGAUCCAUCACUGGAUCCGCUGUAUGAUCUUCUGCUCAUCAGCCGCAAAUGAAGAUCUCCGGAUGGCCACGGAAGCCAUCGCAGCACUUCCAGAAUUGCAGGAAGUUUGUGCGAUAAAUCGUGAGGAAUUCCUGGCAUCGCGAGAGCCCUUCUAUGCAUUUCUCUUUGGGAUUGGACAGAAGUACGAGCAGUUGGAGAAUCCUCGUGAUAAAAUGGCGCUCUCCAAUAAAUUCCACAACUACGUUAAGUCCUUCGGGAAGUGGGCGAUGCAGGGACUCAGUACGCCCGAUGGGGCAAACAAUGUAUAUCGGACGAUUGCUGUGAUUGUCCUCCAUUGCUCUCAUAUCAUUUAUGUGCCUAUGAAGAUUAAUUGCUUCAUGAGGCUCCUAAUGGCGGAAUUUAUGCUUCCUGCAUCGCUUCUGCUGGGGAAGACACAAUCAGUGCAUAUUGUUAGGGCAAUGAUGAAGAUCUUCCCGGUUUUCCUGGAAGGAAUUGCCAAGCUUGACUACAAAGGGGAUCAGUACUUGACACGAGCGAUCAGCAAUAUGAUCCUGCACUGGACGCCUCACUUUAAAACCACCACAAAUGCCUCAAUGGCGGCUAAACCCUUCGUGAAGUGCCUGACAUCAAAGGAACCGGAAAUGGGGAAUUUUGUCAUUGAGAAAUUCUGCGAAGGAUUCUUCCCGCAGACUCCGCGCAAAGGAGCCACCUCCAACACUUCCCUGGCUAUUAAUGUGCUUAAGGAGAUUUUUGUGCAAUCAUCCAGUACGCUGGGGGUUUAUGAGUCCCUCCUGGAUAUUGUUUGCCUCCCACUAAUGGAUCAUGUGCUGAUGAGUGAUGAUUUCGCUCCGAGUAAGAAGCUAAUUCUCGAUCUCCUGGAAUUCAUCUUCAAGGGGGAAGUCUACCGUGGGCAGGCAAAGUUCCGGUUGAUUGUCGUGCGUGGGCUGAAGGAUCUCACGACGAAUAAACUCUCCUUCCAGACUUCUGCCUACUUCCUAUUUAUGCUGAAGAUGGCAAAAGUCAAUCCAAUGGCCGUCAGGGACAUUCUGCCCCAUCUAAAGGAACAAAUUGUUGAAGUUGAAUUCCGCCGGGGGUCUGGACGCGACGCCCGCUUGCGUCAGCAGCUAAACAGCCUCGAGGAUGCCGUAGCGAAGGAACUCUAAACAAUGCAGGUCAAUUCAAUAAUUUUCUUUUAUUUUCAAAUUCACUACAAAAACACUUAAACGGUUAACAAUAAAUAUGUUGAUUUAGUGUUGAAAGUUAAUUCCCAAAAAACGGAGAACCUUUUCAAA